CGCCGCCGCUGAGCCCGGCCAGCCCCCGCACGCUGCCCCGCCGCCCCGAGGCCUCGUCCUCCUCCCAAACUUUGCAAAGUCGACCCGCGUCCCCGCCGCCCUCGGCCGCGCCUCGGCUCCGAGGCUCGCCUCGCAGCCGCAGCGGCCCCGCGAGGAGGAGGAGCCGCCGCCGCAGCAUCAAAGAGACCGAAUUCCCGCGGCCUGGGGGGGAGUCAUGCUUUGCGGUCUGUAAUGUCAGCAGAACAGGAGAAAGAUCCCAUUUCGCUGAAGAGAGUUCGAGGUGGUGAUAGUGGACUGGAUGGGUUAGGAGGACCAGGUGUACAACUAGGAAGCCCAGAUAAGAAAAAACGCAAGGCAAAUACACAGGGACCUUCUUUUCCUCCACUGUCUGAGUAUGCUCCACCACCGAAUCCAAACUCUGACCAUCUAGUGGCUGCUAAUCCAUUUGAUGACAACUAUAAUACUAUUUCCUAUAAACCACUACCUUCAUCAAAUCCAUAUCUUGGCCCUGGUUAUCCUGGCUUUGGAGGCUAUAGCACAUUCAGAAUGCCACCUCACGUUCCCCCAAGAAUGUCUUCCCCAUACUGUGGUCCUUACUCACUCAGGAAUCAGCCACACCCAUUCCCUCAGAAUCCUCUGGGCAUGGGUUUUAAUCGACCUCAUGCUUUUAACUUUGGGCCACAUGAUAAUUCAAGUUUUGGAAAUCCAUCUUAUAAUAAUGCACUAAGUCAAAAUGUUAACAUGCCUAGUCAACAUUUUAGACAAAAUCCUGCUGAAAACUUCAGUCAAAUUCCUCCACAGAAUACUAGCCAAGUAUCUAACUCCGAUUUGGCAUCUAAUUUUGUCCCUGGAAAUAAUUCAAAUUUUACUUCUCCAUUAGAAUCUAAUCAUUCCUUUAUACCUCCCCCAAAUACUUUUGGCCAAGCAAAAGCACCACCCCCAAAACAAGACUUUAAUCAAGGAGCAACCAAAAACAUUAAUCAAAAUUCCUCUGCUCAUCCACCUCACUUAAAUAUGGAUGACACAGUGAAUCAGAGUAAUAUUGAAUUAAAAAAUAUUAAUCGAAACAAUGCAGUAAAUCAAGAGAACAGCCGUUCCAGUAGCACUGAAGCUACAAACAACAGCCAUGCAAAUGGAACACAGAAUAAACCGCGACAACCUAGAGGUGCAGCAGAGGCAUGUACCACUGAAAAAAGCAAUAAAUCCUCUCUCCACCCAAGCCGUCAUGGCCAUUCAUCUUCUGACCCAGUAUAUCCUUGUGGUAUUUGUACGAAUGAAGUGAAUGAUGACCAGGAUGCCAUCUUAUGUGAAGCCUCUUGUCAGAAAUGGUUUCAUCGAAUCUGUACUGGAAUGACUGAAACAGCUUAUGGCCUCCUCACGGCAGAAGCAUCAGCAGUGUGGGGCUGUGAUACCUGUAUGGCUGACAAGGAUGUCCAGCUGAUGCGCACUAGAGAAACUUUUGGUCCUCCUGCAGUGGGCAGUGAUGCUUAAUCACAAGCAUUAACUAAAGAGGGCUUUUUUCCCCUGUGUAUUACAGAGAUUUGGUGACACAGGAUUUUAAUAUCUUACAUUAUUUUUUUAAAUGCAUACACAAAAACUUUAUUUACCUUUUAGUUUUUAUUAAUAUUCCACAUCAUUACUAGUGCAAAUUUUGUAUUGUCUUUGUUUGCUACCUUAAAUGAGAAUAAUGUAUAUGGGGGUGCUUUAGAAACAUUUAUAAAUAAAUGUUAAUGGUUAUUUAUCAUAAACAUUAAAGCCUCUUGAAGCUUCAAAAUAAUAUAUAACAAUUGUAGGGAAGUUUUAACUUUUAAAAGUUAGAAUCAUUGAAAAAUGUAUAUUUCAGUGUUGAACUUCAUACCACAUUAAACAUUUAGUUCAAAGACUUUUUCAAGGAUCCAUUUAACAUGUUUUUAGAAUGUCAUAUAUAUAGCUAAAACGGGGAAGCAUAAAUUUUAAUGGAUUUUUUUUUUUUAAGAUUCCUCCACUACUAGGAUCUUUGAAAUUAGUGAAUUCAUAUUUUCAAGUCAGUCUUUCCAGGGUAUCUGUUUGUACAGAUAAUAGACAGAUUUUAGCUAUUGUAGAUUCUCAGUAUUUGUUGAUUAACUUGUGGAUUGUACCACAUGAAUUGCUAAUAGUAGAUCAGUUGAAAAUUAACUGCAAUUAAUAAAG